GUUGAAGGGCCACAGCUUGAGGAGCUGCCUGCUUUGGAGAAACCUUGACGACUAGUACUAAUGCUGCUUCAGGGCAGGAGGCGCGCCUCUUCCGCAGUGGCUUGAGCUUCCCUCCCUCGUUCGCUCGCGGGAAAAAAAAGGGGGCUCGGCGUCAGAGGCGGGCGGAGGAGAGGCUUCCUUCUGCUCCCUCCUUCCUUCCUUCCUUCCUUCCUUCCCUUCCUCCCGGUUGGCCUCGCCCUCCAAAUGCGCGCGGAGGACGGAUCAUUAUGGCUCUGAAUACGGAUCAGAUAAACCUCAUUGGUCAGGUGUUUGAGUCGUAUGUUUUGGAACACCACAAAAAUUAUAUCUUGCAGAUUUUAGGAGAAAAAGAUGAUGAUGCCCAUUACCCAGUUAUUGUCGACGCUCUAACGCUUUUUGAGACCAAUAUGGAAAUCGGUGAAUAUUUUAAUGCAGCCCCCAAUGAAGUGCUUCCCAUUUUUGAUAGUGCGUUGCGCAGGACAGCCGUGACCGUCUCUCAGUCCAUCUCUCAAGAUCAUGGUUUCGUCAUUAAGCAGAAUCUUCAUGCCAGAAUAUCCGGUUUACCUGUUUGCCCAGAGCUAACCAGAGAACACAUCCCAAAAACCAGAGAUGUUGGACACUUCCUUUCGGUCACUGGCACGGUGAUUCGUACCAGCUUAGCUAAAGUUCUGGAGUUUGAACGGGAUUACAUGUGUAACAAGUGCAAGCAUGUUUUUGUGGUCAAGGCCGAUUUUGAGCAAUACUACGCUUUCUGCCGCCCGUCAUCCUGCCCUAACAAAGAAGGCUGCAACUCAUCCAAGUUCACUUGUCUCUCUGGAACAUCCUUUGCUCCCAGCAGUUGCAGAGACUAUCAAGAAAUAAAGAUACAAGAGCAGGUUCAAAGGCUGUCUGUUGGAAGCAUUCCUCGUUCUAUGAUGGUUGUUCUAGAAGAUGACUUAGUUGACAGUUGCAAAUCUGGUGAUGACAUAACAGUUUAUGGAAUAGUAAUGCAGAGGUGGAAACCUUUUCACCAAGAUUCACGCUGUGAUGUGGAGAUUGUUUUGAAAGCCAAUUAUAUUCAAGUAAACAAUGAUCAAAUGACAGGAGUUAUAAUUGAUGAGGAGGUCCGGAAGGAAUUUGAAGAUUUUUGGGAAAAACAUAGGAAUGAUCCCUUAGCAGGCAGGAAUGAGAUCUUAGCAAGCUUGUGCCCUCAGAUUUUUGGCUUGUAUCUCGUGAAGCUGGCUGUAGCCAUGGUCCUUGCAGGCGGCGUACAGAGAACAGAUGCUGCGGGCACGCGGGUUAGAGGUGAAUCUCAUCUUUUAUUGGUUGGAGACCCUGGGACAGGAAAAUCUCAAUUUCUGAAAUAUGCAGUAAAGAUUACGCCACGAUCUGUGCUUACAGCAGGAAUUGGAUCUACCAGUGCAGGUUUGACGGUCACUGCUGUGAAAGACUCUGGAGAAUGGAAUUUGGAGGCUGGCGCGCUGGUUCUAGCUGAUGGGGGUCUUUGCUGUAUUGACGAGUUUAACAGCAUCAAAGAACAUGACAGAACCAGCAUUCAUGAGGCCAUGGAGCAACAAACAAUCAGUGUAGCAAAAGCUGGCUUAGUGUGCAAACUGAACACAAGGACCACUAUUCUGGCAGCAACCAAUCCCAAGGGCCAGUAUGAUCCCAAUGAAUCUGUCUCGGUGAACAUAGCGCUUGGAAGUCCUCUUCUUAGCAGGUUUGAUCUUGUCUUGGUAUUGCUGGAUGCAAAAAACGAAGAAUGGGAUCGUGUCAUUUCUUCCUUUAUAUUAGAAAAUAAAGGCUGCCUAAGUGUGUCUGAAAAGCUUUGGACUAUGGAAAAAAUGAAAACAUAUUUUUGCCUUAUAAAGAGCCUGCAGCCAGUAUUGACUGAGGAAAGCAACCUGAUUCUUGUCCGCUAUUAUCAGAUGCAGAGGCAGAGCGACUGCAGAAAUGCUGCACGAACCACCAUCCGCUUAUUGGAGAGCUUGAUACGGUUAGCCGAAGCACAUGCUCGGUUAAUGUUUAGGGAGACGGUAACUGUGGAAGAUGCUGUAACUGUGGUUUCAGUGAUGGAGUCCUCUAUGCAGGGAGGCGCCCUUCUCGGAGGAGUCAAUGCACUGCACACUUCGUUUCCUGAGAACCCACUGGAGCAAUACCGAAUGCAGUGUGAACUGAUUCUGGAGAAGCUGGAGCUGCGAGACCUCCUGCAUGAAGAACUGAAAAGACUUGACAGACUACAGCAUGAAAAUUCAUCUCAGCUGCUGCUGUCCAAAGAAGCAUCUUUCAACCAUCAUUCAUUUGGGAAACCAAAGCAGACGUCUCAUCCUCAAGAUUCAGACAAAGAAGGAAACAAUCCAAUAAUUCAUUUGCAGCCGCCAGUUGCCAAAAAAGACCCUGCAACUGACAGGGAUCCAGUGCUCACAAACAGCCAAACGUCGAAUGAUAGCAGAGUAAUAGAACUUAUUGCCAAACCUAGCGAGAGCAGCAAUGAUAGCAGUUUGAAGUGGUUUGAUAGUUUAGCCGGUGGCAGCGAUGAGGCCGAAAAGAGUUCUUGCAAGUCUCCAGUUGCAGGACCAUCUCAAGAACGUUUAGCUUCAGAAACACCAAGCAACCAGGUCUGCUCUGAAGAGAGAACCUGUUUAAGAGAAGCCAAGCAAACUGGAAUGCAGGAAUCACUGGCAACAGCAGCUGCAGGAGAUCCUUGUAAUCCUGCUACAAAAGAAAUCCUUUUUCCUGAGAGGGCAGGCAAGCCUUUGGCAUUGCUUCCAAGAGCAAGCAACAAGCCUUCACCUCACCCUCCCUCCCCUGACUUAGUGGUCACUCAGAGGGCCUCUAAGAAGUGGCAGAAGGUAAACAUUGAAAGGGUCCGUGGGUUUUGUGCAAGCACCCCUGACCCUAAGUCUGGAGACCCCCCAGCUUCAUUGUCUUCUCAUCCAGGCAUUGCUCCCCAGUCUCCUAUCAUGGACUUCAAGGUUUCACUUUUGCACAAUGUGCCUUCAAGGGACCAGAAACUGGUAACUUCAAACAAAAAGAGAAAUAGAGACCAAGCAGAGAAGGGAGAAGGAGAGAGUCUCCAGGAACCUAAAAUGCCUGAGAACUCAGGACCUGCACCUCCCAAGCUGACUCGGUUUUCCUUUAAACAGAAGCCAAGGCUUUCUCAUUCUUCUAAAAAUGAGGCUCAUGCCCAGUUACCCACUGUUUGCGGCCCUAGCUCUUCUACCACAAAUGUGUCAUUAGAGGCGAGGCCGAAGGAAGUAUGUUCUGAGAAAUACCAGAAAAUACUGGAUGCUAACGUAGGAAGUAAGAGCAUGAUGAAACCAGUCUGUGAUAACAAAAGAGGGGAACAGAAACAGAAUGAAAGUUGUCUUCGUUCAACCACAAAAAAUACCAGCGAAGGAGAAGUACUAGGUGGCCUCAACACAAAGAAAGUGUGUUCCAGCACAUUAGCAAAACUGGCCAAGUUUGCCUUCACGCCAUCUGCUGAAUCCAAAGGAGAGGCUCCAGAAUCAAAAGAAGAGCCUCACUCAGUUUCACUGAAUGUCACCAGUGAAAAUGAGGACAGGCCAAAGCAGCCCCGAAACGAUAGCACAGGCCACACAAGGAAGUGCUUUGAACUCGGCAAAAGUAGCGUGGUCGCAGGCAUAUCUUUGUUCUCAGUAACAGAUUUUGAUGAUACAGACUUAGACUUCGAUUGGAAUGAAGAGAGCCAGAAAAAAGCCACAUCUUAAAACAUAAUUUUGUCAGAAAGAUAUGCAGUUUCCAUAAUUGGCUUAAUUUGAGAUUGGGGGAAGAGGGGAGUGACAGAUACUAGUUUCAUCUUGCCCUGAAAUAAUAAGGACCCAAAUGGCUUUGUUAUAGAUAAGGCAUCAGACGGAAAACAGAUCCUACUUUGAAAUCUCACUCCCCUGGAUGGUGGUGUUUUUAGGGCACUCAGACUCUUAGCCUCAAACAGAAUAAAUCUUAUUGAAGUGAGCAGGACUAACUACAGAGGAGUCCUUUGAAGAAAGCAGUAGAUCAGAUGCUGGCGUAGCUAAUUCUUUCAAGCUAACUAUUUCAAGAUGCCUAAUGCCAUUGAUGGUUUAAUUUGGAAUAUUUUGGUAAAAUUGAGGAACGAGAAAAUUUUGAUAUUAAUGAAACAGAUUCUCCCCCC